UUCCACCGAGGGGUUAGGGCCAUCCCCCAUUUUUCUCACCUAGGAGGCGGCGGCGGCGUCGGCAGCUUGCGAUGUUUGGCCUCAAAAGAAACGCAGUAAUCGGACUCAACCUCUACUGUGGGGGGGCCGGGUUGGGGGCCCGCAGCGGCGGCGCCUCCUCUUCGGGAGGGCGGCUUUUGGCUUCGGGGAAGGAGGCCACGGCCCGGCGGGAGGUAGGGGGAGGGGAAGCCGGUGCGGUGAUUGGCGGAAGCGCCGGCGCGAGUACCCCGGCCACUCUCGCGCCGGACGCCCGGAGGGUCGCGCGGCCCUCGCCCAUUGGCGCCGAGGGCCCCAACGUCACCGCGACCCCCCCGAGGCUGCUGUUCUUCGAGCCCACCCGCCGCGCGUCGCCGCCUGAAGAGAUGGAAGGCCCAGCUGCCGACGCCAUCAUGUCGCCCGAAGAGGAGCUGGAUGGGUACGAGCCGGAACCUUUGGGGAAGAGGCCUGCUGUCCUGCCUUUGCUGGAGUUGGUGGGGGAGGCCAGCAGUGGCCCCUGCACGGACGGCUCACUGCCCUCGACGCCACCCCCAGCAGAGGAGGAAGAAGACGAGUUGUACCGGCAGUCCCUGGAGAUAAUCUCUCGGUACCUGCGGGAGCAGGCAACGGGCGCCAAGGACGCGAAACCACUGGGCGGGCCUGGGGCUGCCAGCCGGAAGGCGUUAGAGACCCUCCGACGGGUCGGGGACGGGGUACAGCGCAACCACGAGACGGCCUUCCAAGGAUGGGUUUGUGGAGUUCUUCCAUGUAGAGGACCUAGAAGGUGGCAUCAGAAAUGUGCUGCUGGCUUUUGCAGGUGUUGCUGGAGUAGGAGCUGGUUUGGCAUAUCUAAUAAGAUAGCCUUUUAAGUGCAAUAACUGACUUUUAACCAACCCCAUGCAACAAAAACAUGUGUGACUGCUGUGAAAUCAAAUGUAUUUAUGAAGUUGGACUUUGAGCUGUCCAGGCUGUAACCUCCGAGAGUUCUCCAGCAACGUAGAACAGCAAGUGGCAAGAGGAUUAUGGCUAACGGGAAUAAAUACAUGGGAAAAGUAGUCCCCCUUGAAGAGUCACUGUCUAAAAGAAGCAAAGUUCAGUUUCAGCAACAGGCAAACUUUGGGAGGCCAUGGAGAAGAACUUUUAGAUUUAGUGAAGAUGGUAGGGUUGAAGAAACUUAAUUUCCUUGUCUAGAACAGGAGAGUGGCCAGUAACCAGGCUAGUCAUAGAGUCCAUUAAAUAUGUCCACUGAAUUCAUUAACUUCUUAAAGUGUUACAAGAGAAGCACUAACAAUGGCAUUGAUCUAUAUAAAAUGGAUUUAAGCUACAGGUAAUAGAAUAUGACUAGAAGCCUCAGUACUGUACAACAGAGUGUGAAGGGAAGCUUUUUCUCUGCAAUUAGCCUUCCCAGGUAUACUUCUUGAAUGGAAAGUCCCAAGUGUUCAGGACUUUUAUACCUGUUCUACUUUGGCUUGGUUGAGUGGUUUAGUUUAUUAGCCUAGUAAUGGCCAAGAAUACUUGACUUAAGGCUCAAUAAUCACAGUUGCAAAUAUGAGAAUAUCCUCAAUUUUUAAGGCAAAAACAACUUGUAAAUGUAUUGUCUGUAAAAAUUGUAUAUAUUUUUACAGAAAGUCUAUUUCUUUGAAAUGUAAAGGGAUGAAGAGUCUCGAAGUACAUUAGUUUUUUCAUACCCGUUUGAAAUUUACAACUUCUGUAGUUAGGAAUCUAUUUCUUACAGCUUUUCUAUUCUAAAUUUUGUCUUGGUCAGUUGUAGAUUGUAUACAGAACCAAUUGGUGUAGUUGUACACAACUUGGUUGUAAUGGAACAAUACUGAUUCAUAACUAUGCAGACUUUAAUUUUCCUAUCUGGUUGGUAAGUAUUCCUCAGUUUUUGUUUUUGUUUUUUUAAACUUGGGAUUGAGAAAUUGAGGAGUGGAAAUUCAUCCUUUCACCUCCUUACAUGCGGGUUUUCAGUAAUUGAGUCAAAGUGGAGUUUAAGUUUGGGGCAGGGGGCAUGGGCUGAUAACUUACAAAAUAAUGGGCUCUGGUUGGUGAGUAACUACUCACUUGAGUUCCUUAUAUUUGACCUAAUUUAACUGGUGAAAUUUAAAUUGAAUUUAUGAGCUCAUCUUCAAAACUUUUGCUAAAAGAUUUUCAGCUGUUCCAAGUGGGACUUACUAACAGUAUGUAUAUAAAAAGAUCACAUCAGUGGAUGAGAGAUAUUUGAUCCCUUGUUUGCUUAAUAAAUUGUAAAAUGAUGGCUUGGAAAAGCAGGCUUACACUCUAACCAUGGUGCUAUUAUUAGGCUUGCUUGUUUAAACACAGGUCUAAGCCUAGUAUAUGAAUAAAACAAAUACUUAUGUUUCAUUUCUAUUAAUGAUUCCCAAACUUUGUUUCAGAUUUUUGUAUUGGCAUCUCUUUGGAUUUCAGACUUGACAUGUUAUUGAACCUGACUUUUUAUUUUCUGUCUUUGCUGCUUAAUUCUCCCUCUAUAGAUAGUUAUUUCAGUUCUUAAUAUCCUUACCCUGCCAUCCCUGAACUCUUACUAGCCCUUUUAAUUUUUGGCACUAUGAACCCUACAUAAGCCCCUAAACCCCCACCCCAGGAGACCAGAGACCUUCAUCCUUAAUGAAUUUUAUUCUCGGGAUGUGGUAGUACAGUGGGUGCCAUGACCAUAACAGUCAUGUGGUAGGAGGAGUCCCUUUUCCGUUGCUUUUCAGUUGCUUCAUCCUGUCUUGGGGGGGAAAGUUUUAAAAGCCCCUUUAGGAAUUUUCAGUUCAGUUCA